CUCACACCCGAUGGUACAAUGGGCUCUUAUGGGAGAAGGAUGUCGCCACUCGGAUACACCCUUCGAAUUCUCAAGUGUAUGCAACGGAUGCUGAUCGCGUAUAUGUACAUGUGUGACUGUUAAUCGUACGCAUUCAAGGUGUGAUUCAUUGAAUCAGCUGUUCUGUUUGAGCAUCUGCCUCACCAUUCUUCUCACUCCCUUCCUGCCUCCCUGAUGACCGAACAUCUUGUUAUCGAAAGAUGCCGAACAUCUUAGUCCCAGUGUUAUCAUACUAUUAUUUCCCGCUAUUGAUUUCCGCCGCGCUGGAACGACAAUACAGGUGCUGGUUUGUCGGACGACAACACCCACGCAGCGAUGCAAUACAAUACCAUGGGCUGUCAUGUGUGUCUGCUGUCGCGUGUUUCUGCCUGUCUGUCUGCAGAUCUGAUUUGUAGCCGAAGUGCCGUUCACCCAAUCCAUACCAGGAUGCCUCACGUGCACGUAAUGGCCUCCGCCGGCCCGCAGCCCGACAUGGUCAUCGACGCCACACUGAAGGACGUCGAAUCAGGUAGGUGAGUGACGGAUGCGGAAGAUUCUGUGAAGCUGCAACUUUGCAAUCAAUCCUCCGUGCAGCGGUGUGUGAGGUGCUGGGGAAGCCGCUGAGCUACGUCCAGUCGGCCUACACGCAGGCCACCAAGAUGCGCUUCGGUAAGAGUGGCAGGGCGGGCUGGAGAGCGUCACCGAUACAGCUGCCUGCCUGGCUGCCUGCCUGUGUGCUUCGUUUGGCGUGCAGGUGGUCAGGACGGCAACACGGUGUGGGUGCAAGUCAACAGCAUCGGCAAAAUUGGCCCGGCUACGAACCCCGCACUCGCACAGGCCAUCACGUGAGCACGCUGGCAAUGCAGUGUCAGGCAGGGAGGGGCUCGAGUCAUCUCUUUCUCUGUCUGCGACUCCCCUGGCUUUCUUUGUUUGCUGCAGCAAGGCUGUCUGCGACCAUUUGCCAGUCCCUGCAAAUCGAGUGUGAGCGAAUUUGCAGCCAGAGCACUGCCGCACCAGAGCUCAUCCAUCCAUGUGUGUGAUUGUCUGUCUGUCUGUCUGUCCGCACCAUGCACAAGUUUGUCACCAUGUGCGACGUGCCGGCGGCAAACUGGGCCCACGGAGGCACCACCUUUGGCUGAAUGCCUGAAGAGUCAUGCAUGAUUUAGUGUGUGGGCGUGGCGUGAGUGCAUCGGAAUGAUGCUGAGCGUCCAGUGAG